AUGAACAAGCGAAAGCUAUUGUUCUGCGACUAUCUCUUGAUCUUGGCGGGUCUCAUGAACGUAACAACAAUGGGCCUUCGUUUCAAAACCACAGGUCUCGCUCAAGGUCGACACAUCGCCGACCCUUCAAUCAGGAAACCCGACGAUAUCGAAUCGUACAACUACUACUUAUGGGUUGGACAGGUGAUCAAUCUAAUGGCCGUUGCUGUCCUCGAAUGGUCAAUCUGCGCAUACUUGCUCGCCCUGAAGUUCUCCACGAUCUACAUGCUUAUCGUCUGGGUUUCAAUUUUUAUGGUUACAGUCUUUAACUUUAUAUUGCCAUGUAUGGGUUUAUUGAAUUGCGUACCGUUUGAGGCCAACUGGAAUCGUGCGGUGAAAGGAUAUUGCUGGUACAAAGGCCAUACAGUUCUGACGCAUGCGCAAGGUGUCAGCAACAUCAUUACUGACAUUGUAUAUGUUGUCGCGCCGAUACUCUAUCUCUCGACCAUUCAGCUGGCAAAACGAACGCAAUGGGGCCUGAGGGUCGUAUUCACGCUGGGCCUGGUAGCCACAGUGUGCUCUAUUUUUAAGACCAUCGAGCUCGGUGCAUUAAAGAAAACAAAAGAUCUUACCUGGGAAGGUGUCAACUUGACGAUCUGGAGUGCGAAUGAGCUUUCAGUCGGCAUUCUGAUUGCAAGUCUGCCGCCUCUUCGAAAGGUCUUUGAUAAAAUAUUCCGCGAAGUCUUUCCAUCAACUUUCAUGACAAGAUCAAAGACGCCAGGUAGCAUACCACUAUACAACGUCAGUAAACCCUACAGCAAACCAAUGGGUCGAUCAACUGCGGGAAACGACGCCGACAGUGAGAAAAACAUGCUUCCGGGGGCAGCUGAUAGCGGGAUCACGAAAACAGUAGUACAUGAGGUUACAAGUGCAGAGAGAAGCGAUGGUGUGCAGCCGCUAAAUAGGACGUAUAGUACAUAUGGAAAGAUCGGCGGGUAG